AUGCAAACUGUUCUCAUCUUCUUGGCUCUCAUCGCUGGCUCCUUUGCCCAGUUUAGUUCAACUGCUCAGCAACAAAUCGUUGAUGCCCACAACAAUCUGAGAUCUCAGAUUGCGAAAGGAACUUAUGUGGCGAAGGGAACGAAGCAACAACCAGGAGCCGACAUGCUUAAGAUGAAAUGGGACUCUUCGGUUGCCACCUCUGCCCAGAACUACGCCAAUGGAUGUCCAGAUGACCACUCGGGAGCCCCCGGACUCGGAGAGAACAUGUAUUGGUCAUGGACCAGUGGAACGUUUGGAGCUCUCGAUGGAUACGGAGUCUCCGCCUCCAAAUCCUGGGAACAAGAGUUCCAAGACUACGGAUGGACUUCCAACACUCUUGACGUGGCCACCUUCAACACUGGAAUCGGACAUGCUACCCAGAUGGCUUGGUCUAAGACAGGAGCUCUCGGAUGUGGAAUCAAGAAUUGUGGAGCUGAUCCAAACAUGAACAACUGGAACAAACUUGUCGUUGUCUGUCAGUACAAGGCUCAAGGAAACUACUUGAACCAACCAAUCUACAAACAAGGUGCCACUUGUUCCGCCUGCCCAUCUCCAACCAAAUGCGAGACCAGCUCCGGACUUUGUGUCUAA